GAGUCGCGCGACGGUAGUGGACGUGUUUGCCGUUGCGCUCUCGAGGUUUCGGUAGAGUCGGUCGGUCCGUGGUUUAUCGCGCUCAAAACUUGUCGCCUUUAUCUCCACGUGAAACGCGUUACGCACUUGUUGCCUUUCGCGUGACUCGAUUAUUCAUCCGAAUGGUGCGGAGAACCUCACUUUCCCACGAGUACGCGCGAAAACUGGGAAAGAAGCGGAUAUAAUUAUAUAAAGCGUGCUUUAAAAGAGAGUCGCCGUCGUCGUCGUCGCGCAGGUCGGUCGUUGCACUUCCGACCGCGUGCUCGGCGACCCUUGUAUCUUGUCUAUUCUUUGUCGGGUUGUAACUCGAGCGAUGUCGCGGCUCGCGUGCGACCGAGGUGACGAGCGACGCGGGGUCGUGCGAAGCGCGUGUCGUUCAACGUCCAGAAAGACGGGACACGCAAAGUGAGGGAGCGAGGGGAGCGAGGGGCCGAGGGAUAAAAGUGCGAAACGCGGGCAACAUGAUCUUCACCGGCAGAUCGGUGGACGCUCUCGACGAGGUGCGCGGCACCGGGACAGGUGGUGUCCGUUCAGCAGCGGACGGCGGACGCCGGGACGCGAGCACGAUCGCUAUCGCUGCUGGGUGGUUCUCCAGUUUGCGAAGACCCGGCAAGAAGGGCAAGAAGAACCUGAAUCAGAAGCAGACCAAGAGCGCCUGGGAUCUCAGCCUCCUGUCCACCACGCAACUGAAAGAUGAAUUGGGCGAGGUUGUCGCAGAAAUGGAGGCGAUGGAGGGCGGUGGACUUACGGCCGACGAGACGAAACCGUCCAACAAGGCCAAGCAGACGUCGAUCGGCCGCAAGAAAUUCAAUAUGGAUCCCAAGAAGGGCAUCGAGUACCUGAUAGAGCACAACCUGUUGGCACCGACGCCGGAAGACGUCGCUCAGUUCCUUUACAAGGGCGAAGGUCUCAACAAAACUGCGAUCGGCGACUAUCUUGGCGAACGGCACGACUUUAAUGAACGGGUGCUGCGAGCCUUCGUCGAGUUGCACGAUUUCACCGAUCUCAUAUUGGUGCAGGCCCUACGCCAGUUCCUCUGGUCGUUCCGAUUACCCGGCGAGGCGCAGAAGAUCGAUCGCAUGAUGGAGUGUUUCGCUCAAAGGUACUGCCAGCUCAACCCGAAUAUCUUCACCAAUACGGACACUUGCUACGUGUUGAGCUUCGCCAUCAUUAUGUUAAAUACUUCGUUACAUAAUCCGAGCGUUAAGGAUAAGCCCAGCGUGGAGCAGUUUAUUUCAAUGAACCGAGGGAUUAAUAACGGGGGAGACCUACCGCGAGAGCUGCUUGUGAGUUUAUACGAGAGUAUAAAAACCGAGCCUUUUAAAAUACCAGAAGACGAUGGCAACGACUUGAUGCACACCUUCUUUAACCCUGAUAAAGAGGGUUGGCUGUGGAAGCAAGGUGGACGGUACAAGAGUUGGAAGAGGCGAUGGUUUAUAUUGAACGACAAUUGUUUAUACUAUUUCGAAUAUACAACGGACAAGGAACCACGUGGCAUCAUUCCGCUAGAAAAUAUUCAGGUCCGAGAGAUUCAGGACCGACACAAACCGCACUGUUUUGAAUUAUAUGCCGCUGGUUCCGAGUUCAUAAAGGCAUGCAAGACUGACAGUGAAGGAAAGGUUGUCGAAGGAAAACAUACCGUAUACAGAAUGUCCGCAGCUACUGACGAGGAAAAGGAUGAAUGGAUCAAAUGCGUGCGGCAAAGUAUAUCGCACAACCCUUUUUACGAUAUGCUGGCGGCGCGAAAGAAGAAGGCACAGAAAACUAAUGUACAUUCGAAGAGUUAAGCGCUGCCACAAGCCGGGUUUCUCGGCGUAUUAGAAGACUGCUUAUUUGCGAUCCAACGUUACGUUUGAUAUGUAUCGUAGAAUACAAUCAAAUCAUAUACAAUGGCGAAAAUUCAUUGUGAGAGUACGCCGAAAGCGUUAAAAAACAUGUUGGUGGAAACUAGACACGGUGAUAUGACACAAAAUAUCACUGCAGGGAAUUGCUGCGAUUAUGUAGAAUAUGAUAUUAAUAUGGCAUCGUUCGUAGACUGAGCACGGAAUAUAGAAUCGGUGCGAUGUCCCUCGAGUGCAAAAUAGAUAAAUAGAUGAAAGUUACAUCAAUGAAGGUAAUGUACCAUAACGCACCAUUAUAACACGAUGCUUGAUCAGCAUUAUAUAUCGUUAUCGAAAAGGAUUUUGCACUACAGAGGCCUAGCCAUAAAUUUAAAUAGACUGCUUCUAUAUUUUUUUUUAUAAAAGAAAAUAGAACGAUAUUGAUUCACAUAUAUUGGAAAUCAAAGUCUUUAAAUAAUAACUGUACCGCCGGUUAAUUGCUAUCAAAAUGAUAUAUAUGCGAACAAACAAAAUGAUUAUUGAAAUUUAU